AUGGAUACGAAGGAUAAUCGUAAAACGAUUAUAUCAAAAAACAGUGAAGUUUCUACUGCUGCCAGUACUUCUGCUGUUUCUACUGCUGCUAGUACUUCUGCUAUUGAGGAGCUCAAUGGUUAUACUUUUGGAUAUAACGAUUUUAGCUAUUGUGAUGAUCCUAAAGGUGCUACCAUCGAUGAAAGUUUUAUGCCAAUUGAAUUACGAGGGAAAAAGUGGAAAACUGAUAGAGAACUUGGCGAAGGUGGUAAUUUUAAAGUAUAUCUUGUAACAAAUGGUGAUGGAAUAAAAUAUGCAAUGCGAUGGCAUCGUAAACAGGAUCGUAGUUUGACAAAAAAGAUAGAAAAUGAAGAAUAUCAAUGUAAAACUGCUUUACGUAUGGAAAAACAUCUCAAAAAUACUUUACAAUUGAAAGAACAGAUUGGCCAUCAUCCUAAUAUUGUAAAGCUAAUUGGUUUUCGUAAAGUUAAUUUAUUCACGCAACAAAUUAUGGAAUAUAUCGGUGGCGGCGAUCUUCACGACUUCAUAGAAGCGAAUUAUAUUCGAAAAAACCGACAAAUGGGAAUAAGGAAAGUGCGAAUACUGUUCCAUGAUCUGUUAGAGGCAGUGAAACAUAUUCAUAAUUUAUGUAUAGCUCAUAUGGAUAUAAAGCCUGAGAAUUGUCUCUUAACCCUUAAUGGAAAUCUUAAAUUGACUGAUUUUGAUGAAGCGAUGUACUUCGAACCCGGAAAAAAAAUGCAUGCUCCGGUUUAUGCAACCGAAGCAUACGCUGCGCCAGAAACGUUUGAUAAGGAGUACAAACCGGAUUGUGCAGAUAUUUGGGCAUGCGGUAUCCUAUUAUUUUUUAUGUUGAAGCAGAAUGUACCGUGGGAAGCAGCAAAGGAAGAUGAUAACAAUUAUCUUCAUUGGUAUCGAGCAAAACGUAAGGAAUGUUUUUUCCGUUUCCUGAAAUAUGGAGCUGUCUCCGGUAAGGAAGAUGAUAACAAUUAUCUUCAUUGGUAUCGAGCAAAACGUAAGGAAUGUUUUUUCCGUUUCCUGAAAUAUGGAGCUGUCUCCGGUAAGUCUAAGAAUGCUUUUUGA